AUGCCAUCGCUACAGCGUUUAGCUAGACGGAAUAGGACAAUCAGCUGGGUGGACCAACUUCCAACCCGACCCGCACCGUCACCGUCGCCGUCAUCCGAAGUCAACUUUGGAGGAGCGCAAACAACGCACGGCUCCGAAAUCGCACCAUUGUUUGCGCAAGAAGACUCAGACAGUGACCCCAGCAGCUCAACGCUUUCCCUCAACUCGCCUUUCUCUUCUGACCUCCAUCUUGCCAUACAAUCUCUCACACCCCAAACCACAAUCGCUGAUCAACAAAGUGAGAUCACCAUGCUAACCAGUCCGCGCGACCUCUCUCCCUUCAAAGGAAAGCCCCUCUGGGAACCUGACGAUGAGGAAUGGGAAGACAUACACGCGAUUCACAUCUCGUCCACUUACAAAGCCUCCUUCAGAGACCCGCGACGAUGUAGUCCGCAGAAGACAACAAAUGCUAACACACUGUCUCGCUUCAGCAGCACCAUCACAUCUUUCCUGCCUUUCUCUCCUGCCAGACUCGCCGUAGAAGCCCGUCUGCGCGAUGAAGAAGAGCUGCGAGACAAACUAGAGGAGCUGGACAACACGUACUACUCAGACCCUACCGGAGACCUCCACGAUGCUGUCAUGGCCUCCACUUUUCUGUCUGAAUCCCGAUACUUUCGCCAUGAUCAAGCUGGAAGUUUUGCCCGCGCUCCACAUGUCAUCGAUCUGGAACGGUACUUCAAUACUCAGGAUCCACUAGUUGGAGCUGCUUACCCGCGUCUUUGUAGCGCAGCUGGUUCCUACCGUAACCUAGGCUUCUCGUUAUCAUGGACCUUGUACGUCAGAGCAUCGUUCAGCGCCACAGGCCUCUGGUACGAAACCUUUGCGUCGCCCGUCGCGGGCUCAAGUCCCAUUGUAAACGGAGUACCAGCUUGGGAUACCUUCAUACCCAUCAACGCGCCCUUUUCUUUUCCCGUCUCCUCGUCGUUCCUCCCGCCACCGUUAUCAUCCCAGUCGCAACAAUCCACCGUGCCGUUGGAGUCCUCGCCUCGGAAGAUACUCUUAGCCAGUCCAACUUCACCUCCGCAGUGGACGCAGAGUCCGAAGAAAGACAAUGAAGAAGAAAACGAUACCAUUAACCCGACAGACGAAAAGUUUGUGCUAUACCAAAGCAGGGUGCUGGCAAGGUUCUUCCUGAGAGACAUCUGGAUUAGAUUCGAGGGACGGUACGAGUGCAAGGCCAUGUGGGAGGUUGAUGGGGCAGUUAGCGAGGUGAGGCUAAGGAGGGCUGUUGUGGGGUUUCCUGGGGACAAUGACGAUGAUGGAUAA